AUGAGGCAUCCUGUUGACUCAUUAACUUGGGUUCUGGUGAAUGACAAGUGGCCGGAGUUUGCAGCUGAAGCUAGAAAUCUCAGACUAGGACUCUCGACUGAUGGGAUGAAUCCAUUCUCAAUACAGAACACCAAGUACAGUACCUGGCCGGUGUUGUUAGUUAACUACAAUAUGGCUCCAACCAAGUGCAUGAAAGCUGAGAAUAUCAUGCUCACAGUGCUUAUUCCUGGUCCAACUGCACCAAGCAAUAACAUUGACGUCUAUCUACAACCUUUGAUAGAGGAUCUUAGAGAUUUAUGGAAUGAAGCUAUAUUGUUGUGGACAAUUACUGACUACCCUGCAUUGGGAACAUUGGCUGGAUGCAAGGUGAAAGGGAAACAAGCAUGUAAAGACUGUGGAAAAGAUACACCAAAUCGGUGGCUAAAGUUCAGUAGAAAGUAUGUGUAUAUGGGCAACAGGAAACGACUCAGACCUGAUCAUGCUUUCAGAAAGAAAAAAGUUUGGUUUGACAAUACUAUUGAGAGUGGGACUGCAAAUAGAAUUCAAAGUGGAGGUCAGAUAUUUGAGACACUCAGAGGUUUUAGAAAUGAUUUUGGCAAGCCGGUGGAUAAGAGAAGCAAGAGGAAAAGAACAGAUAUAACAGAAGACGAAGUGCCUGCACAUGAAGAAACUGACGAAAACUCUGAUCUCUGGAGGUGGAAAAAGCGAUCUGUCUUCUUUGACUUACCAUAUUGGAAGGAUAUGCCGGUGUGUCACAACAUUGAUGUGAUGCAUGUGGAGAAGAAUGUGUGUGAUGCUUUGCUGUCUUCGAUGAUGCAUAACUGUAAAUCCAAAGAUGGAGUGAAUGCACGCAAAGAUUUAGAAGAUAUGGGCAUUAGAAAAAACCUACACAUUGAGGUACGUGGGAAGAGAACAUAUUUGCCACCUGCUGCUUAUUGGUUGUCUAAGGAUGAAAAAAGAAGAUUUUGUAUGAGGUUGUCUAAAUUCAGAGGUCCCGAUGGUUAUUGUGCCAAUAUUGCCAAUUGUGUUACAGUGGAUCCACCUGUAAUAGGUAGUAUGAAGUCUCAUGAUCAUCAUGUUCUCAUACAGAAUCUGUUUCCUGUGGCAUUGAGAGGCUUACUGCCAAACGGGCCAAGAGUUGCAGUUAAUCGAUUAUGUAACUACUUCAAUAGAUUAUGUCAGCAUGUGAUAGACCCUGAGAAGUUGAUAACCUUGGAGGCUGAGAUUGUUGAAACUUUAUGCUUGAUGGAAAGAUACUUUCCUCCUUCACUCUUCGAUAUUAUGUUCCAUCUGCCUGUACAUUUAGCAAGGGAAGCAAGAUUAGGUGGACCAGUACAUUUUCGUUGGAUGUACCCUUUUGAGAGGUACAUGAAAACAUUGAAGGCAUAUGUUAAGAAUUUUGCAAGACCAGAAGCAUGCAUGGCUGAGGGAUAUCUAGCUGGAGAAUGCCUUGCCUUUUGCCUAGAUUUUCUGCAUAACUCUGUACCUACUGAAGAACCAGUCAACCGUAAUGAAGAUAUUGUUUCAGAACAUUUAUCACUUGAAGGCCGACCUCUAUAUAAGGCUACAGAAAUUACCCUUACAGACAAGGAACGUGACAUAGCUCACAAAUAUGUUCUUAUGAACACAGCAGUUAUGGAUCCCUUUAUUGAGUUGCAUUUGGAAGAACUCGAGUCUACAGAUGCGAGAUGUGCCAGAAAUAAAACUCUUAAAUGGAAAUAUCACAAUGAACGGUUUGCAAAGUGGAUUAGGCAAAAGGUACCAACUAACUCAAAACAUCAUUCCACAAGGCUCAGAUGGCUUGCUUUUGGACCUAGACAUAUUGCUCAUUCGUAUAAGGGAUAUGUUGUUAAUGGGCAUCGUUUCCAUAUAGAGGACGUAAAGCGGAAAACUCAAAACAGUAGAGUCACAUAUAAAGCAUUGUCUAUGUGUAGGUCUAGUGCUCGAGAUUCAAGACACAUGGCAGACAUAGUUUCAUUUUAUGGUGUGAUAAAGGAGAUCAUUUUGUUGGACUAUCACAUGUUCGAGGUUCCAUUAUUUAAGUGUACUUGGGCAAACAAAGGAAAUGGAGUUAAAGAGGAAGAUGGAUUUACACUGGUGAACCUCCAAAUGAACCAGUCCUCAUAUCUUCAGGAUCCAUAUAUCCUCGCAUCACAGGCUAAGCAAGUCUUCUACUCAAGAGAGGAUGAUGAUUCCCCUUGGUAUGUAGUUAUGAAGGCGCCACCAAGAGGAUAUCACGAGUUAGAAACAGAAGAGGAAUUCACAUCUGCCCCUUCAUCAGUUCAGGAAUGUGAAGAUUUAGGGAACCAAUCAGAUGAAGAUGAGAGCUUUUGUGUUCGAGCUGAUUGUGAAGGAGUCUUGGUCACGGAAUAG